AUGGACAACUCUUCGCAUAAUUUCCUCCCGCAGGCCCCGCCGCUGGUCAAUCCGCCGCCCCAGAUCUUCGGCAGCUACAGCGCUGACGGCUCGCCCAUCCAGCCGCAGCUGCCCGCAAAUAUGUUUGAUGAUCCCUUGAUGAUGGGCUCACAGGACGGCGGCGAUGAGGGUCAAGGGGACCCCAAGAGGAGGCGCAUUGCAAGGGCUUGUGACAUGUGUCGCAAGAAGAAGAUCAAGUGCGAUGGCAAAAUGCCAGCCUGCACACAUUGUACAAACUACAAGACUGAAUGCGUCUUCACCCAAGUGGAAAAGAAGCGCCAACCACCCAAAGGCGCCAAGUACAUUGAAGGACUUGAGAACCGCCUUGGCCGCAUGGAGAGCCUGUUGAGGCUAUCCGGUCUCCUUUCGGAAGAUGACGAUGGCAGGACAGACCUGGGCACGCUGGAAAAGCGUCUCUCGGAAAAGCGCGCCACGGGUGCCAACACUGGCACAACUUCCUCGCGCGCAUCGCAUGACGGUGGCUCCACGCACCAACGUGACGAGGGCACGCCUUCGCAGAGAGACACUCCAGCCCAGCCUGCAGAUUUGGCAAGCCCCGCCAGCGCCGCCACCUCUCCGGCCCCUGCCCGCUCCAACAGGAAUCCGACACAAGAACCUCCUGCUAGGAACGAAGAGGAAGUCGAAUCGUUGUCGGACAUGAUGUGCUCGCUUGUGACGAACAACUGUGGCGAGACCCGAUACAUUGGAUCUUCGUCUGGUUUCUCCAUUUUCUCACCCAAGGGUAUCCAGUGGGUCAACGACAAGACUGGCGACACCUCCUUCCAGGAUAUGAUCACCAACGCAGCUGUCGAUGACAAUAAGUGGAUACAUUGGAAACCUGACAUUUUCCGUGACAUCUUCUCGCGCCGUGUGUUCAAGCCUUUGCCGCCGAAGGAGGAAGCCCUUUCACUCUUGAAGGAUUACUUCGCCAACUUCAACUGCAUGUUUCCGCUUUUCCAUGAGCCCACAUUCAUGCACCUUGUCGAUAAGCACUAUUCGAAGGACCCGUACGAAGGCUCUGGCUGGUGGGCCAGUCUGAAUGUGGCGCUGGCCAUUGCCCACAGACUUCGCGUCAUGAGUAAUCUGGUACCGCAGGAAGAAGACCAGAAGGCUUGGGGAUACCUCAAGAACGCUCUUGCUGUGCAGACAGAAUUGACUAUCCGUAACACCGACCUCUUGAGUGUCCAAGCUCUUCUAGGAAUGGCUCUGUUCCUUCAAGGUACUCCGAAUCCUCAGCCGUCAUUCUUCCUUGUCGCAGCUGCCAUCAGGCUAUCGCAUAGCAUUGGUCUUCACAAGCGUGGUUCUGGAUUCAAUCUCAAUCCUGCUGAGAUUGAACAACGCAAACGCGUCUUCUGGAUUGCCUACAUGCUUGACCGAGAUAUCUGCCUACGCUCCGGCCGCCCGCCCAUCCAGGACGAUGAUGAUAUGAACGUCGAGCUGCCAAGCGAAGAUCCUCCGGACAACAUCGGCAACAUCCCUCUUGCUGACGGCAAAGGCAAAGUCAAUCUAUUCCGGCUCAUGUGCACUUUUGCCGUCAUCGAGAGUAAAGUGUAUAAGAACUUGUACUCAGUCAAAGCUUCAAAGCAGUCCGACGGUGAACUGCUCAAUACGAUAGGCGAACUUGACAAAGAGCUUGAGGACUGGAAAGACGGCAUCCCGAUUGACUUCCGCCCCGAACACGAGAUCAAAGCGUCGCACACUCCUCUAAUUCUCCAUGUUGUGGUCCUCCACUUCGCCUACUACAACUGUCUGACGACCAUUCAUCGCAUGUCGGUACACCAUGGAUACUGGACGAGCAGACUAUCAAAUUUCGCCAUCCAAGGUCUCAACGCCCGACCACUGAAUCCUAGGGUAUUCUCCUCGGCUGCCCUGUGUGUUCAAGCUGCCCGUGCCUCCAUCAACCUGAUCAAAUACAUUCCGCAGGGCGAUUACGCUUGUGUCUGGCUUAUUCUAUACUAUCCCGUGUCAUCACUGGUGACCAUUUUUGCAAAUAUUCUUCAAAAUCCUCAGGACACUCGGGCUAGGUCCGAUCUCAAGUUGAUGACCCUUGUCGUCAACUUCCUUUCAACGCUCUGUUCCGAUGAGGAGAAUGGCAGCGUGCGCCGUAUGCUUAGUAUCUGUUCGGAAUUCGAACGCAUCGCACGAGUCGUUUUGGAGAAGGCCGAUAAGGAGUCGUCAUCGAAGCGCAAGAGGAGGCAACAAGACGACCAAAACAAAGACGGACAACAGCAACCCCCUCAAAACAGCCAGGCACAGCAACAGCAGCGUUCAGGUUUCCCUCACUUCACCUCUAAUUUCACUAACCCGGGCUUCAACUUCUCGCCUUCCAUGCCUCAUGCUUCUUUACAACAAGGUUCAUGGCUUCCGGAUUUAUCAUCACCGCAGACGGUCCCAGGAUUCCUACCGCAACAAACGUUCCCGCAUUCGCAAGCAGGCACCGAGGCUGCAGCCACCAACGCUGCUUUCCAGACGGCUGCCGGAGUCCAGCCUACAUCAGAGGGAGCGAGCGGACCCACGGCACUAAAUGCCGGCCAUUUGAACGACUUUGACAUGGGCGGCUUCCAGCAGCCAUUCGUUCCUCAGGACCUCUGGCAGAUGCCGAUGACGCUGGAGUGGGACUGGGCUGACAUGACGGGAUAUGGAGGCAUUGAAGAUGGCAUGGGAGGAAUGAGCAUGAGCGGAGUCAUGAACAUGAACCACCCGAACGGGCAGGACCAAGAAAUGCACAACAGCCAACAUCAAUCACCACACCAGCGGCACGAAUCGGUGCAGUCGUGA